GUGAGGAAUGGAGAACCAUGGAAGACUUGAUAUGCAUAAUUUGUCUAACAAUCAGUUUGAUUCUUCUAAACAUCAAGUCCUCUGCUGCUUGUGGUCCAGCUGAAUAUAUAAUAGGUGGUGAAUGUUGUCCGAUGUGUUCACCAGGUAACCGUGUAUACAAACAUUGUACAGAAUAUACAAGUACUUCCUGUAUCCCCUGUAUUGGCUCCACCUACCUUGAUAAACCCAAUGGUCUUAUUACAUGUAUACCAUGUACAUACUGUGACCCAGGCUUUGGUUUGAUGGUAAAACAUCCAUGUAGACCUUCAUCAGACACUGUCUGUGAGCCACUGGAGGGGUUCUACUGUACAGACCCAACUAAGGAUGGUUGUAAUGCAGCCCAGAGACACAGCAGCUGUGAACCUGGACAAUACAUCAGACAGAAAGGAACUCCAUCUACAGACACUGUGUGUGUUGACUGUACUGGUGACACCUAUUCAGAUGGAUCAUUUACAUCCUGUCAACCACACACACAAUGUGACACUUUGAAUCUUCAAGAAAUUAAACCUGGAACUUUUAGGUCCAACCCCGAAUGUGGACCAAAGACCUCAUCUCUUAUACCUGUAACUGUAUCUACAGUUUUGGUGCUCAUUUUUUUAAUAACUGGGAUUAUCAUAAUCAUAUUAUCAAGGAAAUACCUUAAUAGCAGGCACAGGGGGGUUGUAAAUAUACAGGCAGAUGAACAAACCCCUACCAAGGAUUCACAUUUGAUAGAAAGUAAUAAUAAAAAGGAGUUUUGUAUGACACUGCACCUGGAUGCACCUGGAUGAUGGGGUAGGAUACAGAAUCUUGAAGUUACUGCCUUCGAACCAAAGACAUUUACAGAUGAUCUGACAACAUCACCACGGACAUCAACUUGUGAAUUUAGUGAUGGCUAAAGACAUCUAUCAAAUGAUUCCACAGUAUCACCAUGGAUGUAAUGGAACUUGUGAAUCUAGUGACAAUAUUCGAGCUGCUUUCGAAUGUUCUUCACUCCCUCUACAAAAAUCUCACAAGCAACUGAAAUGGUCUAUAGUAUUCAACAAGUGCACGGAUAAUGUAUUACACAUAAAAUGAUAUGUAUAAUCAAUACUAAUUAACGAAAUAAACAGACUAUUUAGACAAUCUA